AUGCAAGUUAUCUUCACUGCGAUUGCUGGCUUCCCUGAAGUGAUCGGUGGCAUUGAUGGAACGCACGUAAUGAUUGUGGCUCCUAGAGAGUAUAAGUGGCCGGGAUCGGUUCACGAUGCAAGAAUACUUGUUCAAAGUGGACUCUGCACGAUAUUUGACAACGGCAUCGUCCCAGCUGGGUGUCACUUACAGGGAGAUAGUGACUAUCCCAGCAAGAAGUGGCUACUGACUCCAUACCUCAGACCACAGUCUUCUUAUAACAGGGCCCACAAGAAAACCUGCAGCGUUGUUGAGAGGCAUCGGGCAGCUGAAGCGACAUUUUCACAUGCUACACAGUGGAUGAUGUCCUCCUCAUCCACAAACACCAGUGAUAUACCAGAGUGUGUACCACAGGCUGUUGAAAGAGCUGAGUUUAGAGGAUCACGAGACGAGAACUGGACCAGGCUGGACAAGGACCAGUACCACAGACUUCUUGAGUUAGUAACACCUCUCAUCGCCAAAAGUGACACUAAGAUGAGGAAAGCUGUCACUGCAGGAGAGCGUUUGACACUGACACUUCGUUACUUAGCCACAGGGGAAUCUCAAGUUUCACUUGCCUACCAGUUUUGCAUCAGCCACAACCUCAUCUCUUCAAUAAUACCUUCAGUAUGUAGAGCCAUCUACCAAGUUCUGCAGCCACAGUACCUUUACCUACCAAGAAACCAAAGUGAGUGGCAGCAUGUUGCAAGCCAGUACUAUGCAAGGUGGAAUUUUCCUAUGUGCAUUGGGGUUCUAGAUGGCAAGAGGGUACUAAUUUCUAAGCCACCAUGUUCUGGGUCUGAAUAUUAUGACUACAAGGGCCAUUUUAGUCUCAUCAUGAUGGCACUUGUAGAUGCAGACUACAAAUUCAUGUAUGUUGACGUAGGUGCUAGUGGUCGAGCUAGUGAUGCUGGAGUGUGGAGAGAUGUGGCCUCAGAGAUGCUAUUGAGGGAAAAAAAAUAAAUAUUCCAUCUUCUACCUCUAUUCCAUUCACCAGGAGGCAGUGUCCUUUUGUAAUAGUUGGUGAUGAUGCCUUUCCUCUCAAAACGUACCUCAUGAAGCCAUAUCCUGGGAAAGACCUACCCAAUGAAAAGCUAGUUUUCAACUAUCGUCUGUCACGUGCAAGGCGUACAUCUGAAAAUGCUUUUGGAAUAAUGGCUGGUAGAUUUCAGAUUUACAAAAAACCUAUCAACACAUCUCCUGAGAAUGUUAAAGAUAUAGUUCUUGCCACUGUAGUACUCCACAAUUAU